AUGAUAACCACACAUCCAUCACAGCCCUGUACCAGCUACUAUCACAAGCUGGCAGUAGAGUCGGCAGAAACAGCGCGUCUUUUGAUGUUUAUCCCUGGCAACCCAGGCUUGGUGGAGUACUACACCACCUACUUGGACCUUCUUCAGGAGCAGUUCCCCACCCUCGAAAUCGUGUGUGCCAGCCAUGCUGGCUACCAAACUACCAAGUCGAAGGACGAAGAAGAAGUGCCCUACAAAUACUACGGCUUGAAGUUCCAGACCCAGCACAAGCACGAGAUCCUCAAGGAACACAUUCUCCGCCACCAUUCCCAUGGCAAAAAGGUGGACCUUUACUUCUUGUCACAUUCCAUGGGGUCGUAUGUUCUUCAGCGCUUGAUCGUCAAGUUGAACGAAGAUGUGGAAUUGAAAGGGAAGUUCAAGAUCAAGCUUGGUGGCUUCAUCUGUCCAACUAUCAUCGACAUAGCGCAAUCUGACUCGGGGGUUUUGUUUACCAAACUCACCCGUUACCUACCCAUCGUCCCCGUAUUAGUCUUCUUCAGCACGCUAUUGCAACUCGUUCUUUCCGAGCACACGAUCAGAAGGAUCAUAGGAAGGUUUGUGGUGUCGAAGCCCAAGCUUGAAGACGACAAGUCGUUGGAGUCCUGGGCAAACUCCAUCACCGGGUGUUACAACAUAUUCCGGGAUGGGAAGAUCAUCAGGCACGCCAUUGAUUUGGCCCGCGAGGAAAUGACGGAUAUAGUGCGAGAUGACAAGUUCAACGAUUGGUACUUCCAGGAGCUCCCGCUGCAGGGAACGAAGUUAUGGUCGUUCUUCGCCCUUAAAGACCACUGGGUGCACGAUCACAGCAGAUCCUACCUUCUCUCGAGGUACCACAACCCCGAAAAAAAUGUAGUAUUCAAUGUGGAUGAGUUGGAAGACGGAAUCACCCAUAGUUUUUGCGUGGAUCAAACUGUGGAGUUUGCCAACAUUACCUUCCACUCAUUAAGGAGGUUAUUUCCAGAUUUGCAACCCGGUUCCCAACAAGGGGUGGGUUCCCUCGCCAACAAUGCCCUAGGAGAACUCAGAAACCGGGCGCCUACACACGCUGGUGAGGAGAUCUAA